AUGAGCUUGGAAUGUGAGAGCUGGGUGACCAAAAGGGGUGUGGUUGCCCAUACUUGCACUCUUUGCAAUAAGUGGCGGAUGAAGUGUAUCUGGCCAAAUCAGCUGGACGCAAUCACCACCGGUACAGGUACAACCACCACACCUACCCCACCAGUCACACCCAUCGCCACUCGAUCAAAGACCACUGGGAAGAGCAAGACUGACAUUCACGCUAAGCGGCCUAGUCCCAUCCUGGAGGAACCGGAUGUCAAUGUUGAAAUGGAUGCUCCUGCAGUGACAAUCACUGGUCUUCCCGGUACUGCCCCAGAUGAAGCACCUGAGGGAACUCCAAACACAUUUGCUGUGGACCGGUGGAUCAAACCUAUGGAUGACAGUAUCUUACCUCCAGCGCCCUUUGUUGACACACCAGGCGAAAUCCGGUACUCGCCUCUCUGCACACGUGAUGACAUGAUUCAUGAUGACCUGUCCCAUCGCAUUGACCGGCUGCAAGCUGACUAUACAGAAGAAUUGAACACCCAGAAGGGACUGGUGGAUCACUUGGCUUUUCAGAUGGGUAGCAUUGCCCGGUACCUCAGGGACAACCCAAGGACCACUGCAGCGACGGCCGCAACUCCACCUUCGUUUAAUCCACCACCCAUUGUCAUUCCCAGUACUCCCUUAUUCCCCGAGUUUGGCUCCAUCAGUGCCUUAGGUCAUGCCGUCACCAAUAACGUGUUUACUCCAGAUGUAUUUUCGACCAAUGCAUGCCCUAUUGGCGAUGGCUCACCGGUCACAAGAAACGAGCCGGCACCGGCAUUUGCAUCUACCUCUACCUCCACCAUGAAUCCUGUGCCCACCAUGGGGGAAUCCGGUCCACCCAUUCAUCCGGUUGGUGCAUUUCUGGUACCACCUCCCACUGUCCCAAUGGCAUCUAUGCCUUCUACUACAACCCUUCACAUGCUGGUCACCGGGCCAUCAAAUGUGCCGGCUGAUGGGUCAGUCAGACUAUGA